UUUCUGUCUUUUGGGGAAAGGCGUUGCCCGGGCCCUACAACUAGCAUUCCCUCCCAUUUCUUCUUUGUCGGCCUCCUGUCUUGCCUUAGAGUGUGAAUGGUGGUGUGGUGGGGGGAGGGAAUCUUGAAUGUUAGCAUCCCACCCCGUCUUGAGCUUUUGGACUCCAAUCUUAUUUAAAUCUGCUCUCCUCUCCCCUUCCAAACACUUCCUGAUUCCCUUUUUCUUCUAAUGGGUUACGGGGGUGGGGUGGGUGCAACGCUCUGUUUGCCGGAGGCCUGGCGAUUUGGGGGAGGGGAAGCCGUGGUGUUUUGGUGUGGAAGUCCCAUGUUAGGCAUGUCUUGUCUGUCCUAGGACCUGAACCCUCUCCCUGGCUGGGGGGCUGUCCUGUGUCUUUCCCUGUCUGUGCCUGUCCUAUAGGAUGUUCUGACUCUGCCACUGCCCCUAUGGUACCCCACUGUUCAGGACACCUGGGGGAGUGUUAGGAGGCCCCACUUCCCCAAGGGGUGAUAUGGAUGAGUCCCCUGGGCCUGCUGAGCCCCGGGUGCUGGGGCUGCUGGUGCCACAGCAGAGUGAAAGCCUGGUCACGCCCAGAUAGGACAGAGAGCUGUGCUUAUUUGUUUGGGGAAGCGAUGGCCAUCACUGGGAAGUCAGCUCCACUUCCGAUGGGCUUCUGAAUUUGGGCCCCUUUCUUCCCUUCUGGGGUGCUAGGCUCCGGGGUUGGGUGAUGGCUCUGGGACUGGAGGCAGAUUGCAGGGCCCACCUGAACUGGAGGAGGGAAAGGCAAGCCCGGGGUGGGGAGGAAGAGAUGAUGUCAGAGAAGCCUCAGGCCUCUCCUGCUCCCCAGCCCGCUCCUUGCCCGGUGCCUCCCCCAUUCCUCUGGGGCUGGCCUGGUGGGGGAGGGGGUAGAGGCUUGUUUGUGUUUCUUCUUAGCCAGGAAGUUGUGCAGAUGAGUCAAGGUUGAAUGGAGAGCCUCAGGCAGUGCUGUCCCACCUCACCCUGACUCACCUGUCCCCCAAAUCCCAUCAUGCUCUCACUUAAGAGUCAAGGGCCUGCCUUAUGCUGGGAGAUGGGCUGAUGUGGCCUGGGAAGCCCAGUAUCUGGAGGGUGGGCAUAGGAUUGGACCCAAAGGGGUCCUGGUUUCUGUGGUGGAGUCUGUGCAGCUUCCCCACCCCCCAGUGAGCAUCUUUUUUUUUUUUUUCCUAAAUAUUUAUUUAUUCCCUUUUGUUUUUUGUUGUAGUUAUUGUUGUAGUCACCAUUAAUGUCAUUGUUGUUGGAUAGGACAGAGAGAAAUGGAGAGAGGAGGGGAAGACAGAGGGGGAGAGAAAGACAGACACCUGCAGACCUGUUUCACCACUUGUGAAGUGACUUCCCUGCAGGUGAGGAGCUAGGGGCUUGAACCAGGAUCCUUACACUGGUCCUUGGUUUUGCGCCACGUGUGUUUUUUUUUUUUUUUUUUUUGCCUCCAGGGUUAUUACCAGGGCUCUGUGCCUGCACCACGAAUCCACUGCUCCUGGAGGCCAUUUUUCCCUUUUGUUACCCUGGUUGUUUUAUCAUUGCUGUAGUUAUUAUUAUCAUUGUUAUUGAUGUCAUUGUUCUUGGAUAGGACAGAGAGAAAUGGAGAAAGGUGGGGGAAACAGGGGGAGAGAAAGACACCUGUAGACCUGCUUCACCGCCUGUGAAGCGAUUUCCCUGCAGGUGGGGAGCCGGGGGCUGGAACCGGGAUCCUUACGCCAGUCCUUGCGCUUUGUACCAUUUACCUGCUGCGUUACCGACCGACUCCACCCAAUGUCAUGGAGCUGGGACUGUCUCCACCUCUUCUCAACAACUCCCCAGAAGAGCUGUACCUAUCCCCUGGCACCCCUCCUCGGACUCCCCCACCUCCUGAUGGCCCCCUGUCCAGGGAAGUGAAGCGAUCCCAGCCUCUGCCCAUUCCUGCCGGCAGGAAGCUUCUUCGAGAGGAGGAGCUGCGGGCAACCUCUCUACCCUCCAUCCCCAACCCUUUCCCGGAGCUCUGCAGUCCUCCAUCACAGUCUCCCAUUCUUGGGGGGUCUUCCGGUACAAGGGGGCUUCUUCCCCGAGAUGCCAGCCGCCCCCACGUAAUAAAGGUGUACAGUGAAGAUGGGGCCUGCCGAUCGGUGGAGGUGGCAGCAGGUGCCACAGCACGUUACGUGUGUGAAAUGCUGGUGCAGCGAGCUCAUGCCCUAAGUGAUGAGAACUGGGGGCUGGUGGAGUGCCACCCCCAACUAGCUCUGGAGCGGGGCUUGGAGGACCAUGAGUCUGUGGUGGAAGUCCAGGCUGCCUGGCCCAUUGGUGGAGACAGCCGUUUUGUCUUCCGGAAAAACUUCGCCAAGUAUGAACUGUUCAAGACCUCCCCACACUCCCUGUUCCCAGAAAAGAUGGUUUCCAGCUGUCUAGAUGCAAAGGCAGAUACAUCCCACGAAGACCUCAUCCAGAACUUCCUGAACGCAGGCAGCUUCCCAGAGAUCCAGGGCUUCCUGCAGCUACGGGGGUCCGGACGCAAGCUUUGGAAACGCUUCUUCUGCUUCCUGCGCCGGUCUGGCCUCUAUUACUCCACCAAGGGCACCUCCAAGGAUCCAAGGCACCUGCAGUGUGUAGCAGAUGUGAAUGAAUCCAGUGUGUAUGUUGUGACCCAGGGCCGCAAGCUCUACGGGAUGCCCACGGACUUUGGCUUCUGUAUCAAGCCAAACAAGCUUCGGAAUGGCCACAAGGGGCUUCACAUCUUUUGCAGUGAGGAUGAGCAGAGCCGCACCUGCUGGUUAGCUGCCUUCCGCCUCUUCAAGUAUGGGGUACAGCUGUAUAAGAAUUAUCAGCUGGCACAGUCUCGCCACCUGCGUCCAUCCUAUGUGGGCUCCCCACCCUUGAGGAGUGUUUCUGAUAACACCUUGGUAGCCAUGGACUUCUCUGGUCAUGCUGGGCGUGUCAUCGAGAACCCCCGGGAAGCUCUGAGUGCAGCUCUGGAGGAGGCCCAGGCCUGGAGGAAGAAGACCAACCAUCGACUCAGCCUACCCACCCCAAGUUCAGGCUCUAGCCUCAGUGCAGCCAUCCAUCGCACCCAACCCUGGUUCCAUGGACGGAUCUCCCGAGAGGAGAGCCAGCGGCUCAUCGGACAGCAGGGCCUGGUAGACGGCCUCUUUCUAGUCCGAGAGAGUCAGCGGAACCCACAGGGCUUUGUUCUCUCCUUGUGCCACCUGCAGAAAGUUAAACAUUAUCUUAUCCUGCCGCAAUGGGGACUCCAGCUCUGGUCCCCAGGGGAGCCCCUCCAGCCUCAGCUCCCUCUGACCUCCUGCCCCCUGUGGUCAUCGCAGAGUGAGGAGGAGGGUCGCCUGUACUUCAGCAUGGAUGAGGGCCAGACUCGUUUCACUGACCUCCUGCAGCUCGUGGAGUUCCACCAGCUGAACCGCGGCAUCCUGCCCUGCGUGCUACGUCACACCUGCACCCGCGUGGCUCUCUGACCACUGCCCGCUGCCCCCUGGGCUAAGAGCCGGACUUGAGGGAGUAGGAGGUGGGGGCAGGCAGGAAUGGUGGGAGGGCUCCCCCACCACAGGUUUCUCCUUUUCUGUUUCCCCUAGGCAGAAAGGGCCACUCCCCAGCCCCUCUCAACCCUUCUUCUCCAGGGGAGGCUGGGGUUAACCCCCCUCCUGGAGCCCUUCACCACUGCUCCAGGCUCAGGUACUGCAGGAGAAAUGGGGGCAGCCCAGGUGGUCUGUGUUCACACUUUGUACAGAUUGAGAGGCCAGUUGUUCUCCUGUUUUAUACCAGUGACAAUAAAGAUUAUUUUUUGAUAUA